CUAGAGUCAAGUAGCAGCAUGCUUUACACCACUGCAUCCAAUGCUUUGCAUUGUACUAGGUGAUUUAUGGCUUGGAUGCAGCUGCUCGGCAAUGGAAACCCAUUCCAUGAAGCUCUGUACGCACUGUUGUUGUGCUAAUCUGAAGAGAAGUUUGAAGGUCUUUAGCUAUUGCAGACAGUUGGUGACUUCUGCGAACUGUGCGCUUCAGCGUGCACUGACCCUGCUCUGUCAUUUUACGUGGCCUACCACUUCAUGGCUGAGUUUCUGUUGUUCCCAGUUGCUUCCACUUUGUUAUAAUACCACUAACAGUUGACCAUGGAAUAUUUAGUAGCAAGGAAAUUUCACGGAUGGACUUAUUGCACAGGUGGCAACUUAUUUCGGUACACACUUGAAUUCACCGAGCUCCUGAGAGCGACCCAUUUUUCACAAAUGUUUGUAGAACCAGUGCUUGAUUUUAUACACUUGUGACCAUGGAGGUGAUUGGAACACCUGAAUCCAAUGAUUUGUAGGGGUGUCCCAAUACUUUUGAUAAUUUAGUGUAUGUA